GCCGUUGGUCUCAUAGCUCAUCAGUGACCUUACAGACAAGCAUGUUUCUGAAAUGUCAUAAAAAAUAAUAUAUAUUGUUAUUUGUGGAAGAUAUUGCUAUUGUCGCUUCUGAGGUGGAUGUCUGCAGGAGCUUUAUGCCAUGUGGCUAGGCUACGCCAUCUCUCCCUAGCCCUCCACAGGCAGUUCCUCAGGGCUCGGUAUCUGCACAACGCUUAUGGAGAACCUGAAACGGAGGGACUCGAUGAGGAGGACGGGAGGGAAGGGGUACUUCCCGGGGGCUACAGGUUACAGUACAACCCCUCCUCUUACCAUCGGCCCCAGCGUGACCCUGGAGCCUCCCUGAGCAGGUUGGAGAUGGAGGAGGAGGAGCAGUGUCGGUCCACCCUCACCUCUGCCUUCAGACAGCAGAGUAACCGCUACAGUGUCAGCUCCUCACGCCGCCUCUCCAGCACCAAGAACACACUGCUAGACCUGGCCUUCAACAGAGGCACUGGGGCUAAGGCAGAAACGGCACCCCUCUACCGCACAGAACCCCUAACCCCAGACGUCAAAGGCGACCCCCGUGCCUUCCAGACAUGCCGCCCAGAGUACUCAACCAUGACCCUUGACCUGUCCCAGCGGCCUGCCCCAGUCCAUUCCAAGCAGGCCUUCUUCCUGCUGCACAAAGUGACCGUCCUGAAGGGCAGCAUGGAGCCUGUGGACAUAACCGGCUUCCUCACCAAGCUUAGCCACCUGCACCCUGACCAAACCCCUUUAGUGAGGGGUGACACGCGUUUCAUCAUGCUGCUCCGCUACUCCGUGGAAAACCUGCGUCACUUCAGCCACUCCCAGCUACUGGAGGUGCUGAGGUCUUUUGUGUGGCUGGGCCUGCCCCCCACUCACAGCAUGCUGGGGCUGUAUGAGGCUGAGCUGGGCCGCAGGGCUGGGGAGAUGGGCCUCCACCAGCUGCUGCUGGCCGCAGACCUGUGGCGCUGCCUGGGGAGGUCCGUGCCUCAGUACCUGCAGUGCCUGUAUGACUGCACCAGCCUGCACUUAGGCCAGGUAGGUGUCCCAGAGAUAGUCCAGCUUCUGUAUGUGAUGGGGGAGGGCAGGCGCUGCCCCAAAGAGCUAGUUCACCCCUUAGAGCAGAUACUGAUGCGUCACCUGGACCAGCUGGAGCCAGAGGAGGUAGGUGCCGUGUGUCUGGGCCUGUUCAAGUCCCAGACGGCUCUCUCGGAAGGAGCGGUGAAUCGGCUGGUGGACAGGGCCCACUCGCUUGUGUAUGAGAUGAGUGACUUUGCCAUGGUGAACGUGAUGAAGCUGCUGCGUUUUAGCUACCUGGAUCAUCGGGCAUGGCUGGAGGUCAUGGCGCAUGAGGUGCCUCGCCGCGCCCCCAGCAUGGGCGUCCAGGGGCUGAUGCAUGUGGCACUGGCCUGCUCGGCCCUGCAUUACCGCAACGAACGCAUCCUCCUGGCUGUUGCUGAGCGCCUGCCGUCGUUAGUGCCACACUGUCGGAGCAAGGACUCAGGCAAGCUGCUAUGGGCCUUUGGGACCCUAGGUGUCCUACCCAACCAGUGCCCUAACUUCUACCCCAGCCUCAUUGAGGCCCUCCGGCAGAGAGAGGCUGAGUUCCAGCACUAUCCUGAGCACCUCCUCACCGGCCUCCUCGGCCUGGCUUUCAUCUGUCAGCUCCCUGAGGACCUUGUGGCGUUAGCCUUGAGCCCCGAGUUUGUUAGCCUAGCCACCAGGUCCAAACAGCUGGAGCUGAAGAAAGACUUGUUCACUCUGGAUGGGACAGUGGCGUUGGAGCUGCCUCACUGGACUGGCCCGCGGCUGAGUAGAGAGCUGCGGGAGGAGACGACGGAGAUGCUGUGGCGCUUCGCCCAGAAGGACGUGUGUCAGAAGGUUGAGGUCCUGGAGGCCGAGGCCGUACUACGGGACCUUCUGGGCGGAGAGGAGUUUGUGAGCAAACGAAUGAUCCUGCCUCACACCCGCUCCAUUGACCUGGAGGUGCAUCUGAACCCAGUCGGACAGCCGCUACCUGUGACCUCAGCGCAGACAUACCCUAUUUCCACCCCGGAUUGGAGCACUUCUUCUGGCUCUUCUACUCAGGGCUGGGAGAGGAUCAACACAGGAGUCACUCUCACCGAGGACCUUUUGACUCAACUCACCAACGGCAGAAAGACUCCCCUUCCCCCAACCCAAGCUUCUCAGCUGCCCCUCCUCCGAAGGACAGAGCCGGAUGAGGGAGGGGGGCUGUUCAGCGUGGGAGUCGACCUGACGGACGGGCUCGUGGGGGCUCUGACCAAACGUAGCAACCCAGGCCCACUCCCCAGGGACUCCCACAAAGCCUCCAAAGCUCCCAUCAGACUGGCCAUCCAGGUGACGAACAGGAACCACUACUGCUAUCGCUCUCCACAGCUGCUGGGGCUGCACGCCAUGAAAAGGAGGCAGCUGAAGCUGGCUGGGUACCGGGUGGUGGAGCUGCCUCACCGCGAGUGGUUCCCUCUGCUGAGGCGGACCCGCGCUGAGAAACUGGCCUAUAUGCACUGCAAGGUUUACGGCACCCUUGACUGACGUGUUCACAUGUUGAAGGGCUAGGUGGAGAUUAACAUUUUAGCUAACAUCUAUCCAGUGCUUUUAGAUAUCUGAACACUGAAGUGGUAGAGGCUAGGAACUUAAAUGAAACCAGGCCCAAGGCUUACCAGGACAGUGUUUUUUGUAAGUUUAUGGGCAAUCCUUGUUGAGAGGCUGUUGCAUAUUAUGUGUCAUGAUCAGUGUGAGUUGUGUCAUAAAUAAAUGUUAUGACCGCAAGAUUUUGAACAGCAGCCAAACAUGACUUCUGCGUGUUGUUCAUGUGUGGGAUGGAAAAAUGUUUGUUGUUAGGCCUAAGCUAAAUGGUGUAAGAGGAUCUAUUAAAGGGAUCGUCCAGCUGUGCCAAAGUGACCAUAACUCACGUAUGAAUACUAGUCCUGAGUGGCGCAGUGGUCUAAGGCACUGCAUCGAAGUGCUAGCUGUGCCACUAGAGAUCCUGGUUAGAA